UGGGUCUUUUCUGUGCUAUCUUUUCUCUCGGCUCCCGUUUUGUGUGUUGGGGGGAUGGGGCCGUGCCGAGGAUGAGAGACUCCAAAUAUUUACCACUUGGCUAACUAAAUAUCUUUAUUUCCGAACUGAGCUUCCUCUCUCGGUCUUGUAUAUACAACUUUUCGACCACGCAUGAGUUUAAGUGGAAUUUGUCCAAAAUAAAGUGGAGUAUCUGUACGUCCACGACACACGCUUAAAAACUCGACAAAAUGUAUUCCUCUGCUGCAGUCACCGAGAUGCAAGAGGGACCCCGUUCCUCUGGAUCAACAGGCUCUGACCCCCCUGUUGUAGACCCGCCAUCCUCCCCAGUGCCAGAAUAUGUGUUCAAGCCACCAUCACGGCCAGACUUUGGCACCAUGGGCAGGACAAUCAAGCUCCAGGCCAACUUCUUUGAGAUGGAAAUCCCCAAAUUGGAGGUCUACCAUUAUGACAUUGACAUCAAGCCCGAGAAAUGCCCCAGGAGGGUCAACCGUGAAAUUGUGGAGCACAUGGUCCAGCACUUUAAAACACAAAUCUUUGGUGACCGAAAGCCAGUUUAUGAUGGGAGGAAGAAUCUCUACACUGCCAUGCCCUUGCCCAUAGGCAGAGACAAAGUGGAGCUUGAGGUAACCAUUCCAGGUGAAGGCAAGGAUCGCAGCUUCAAAGUUUCCAUCAAGUGGAUGUCCUGCGUUAGCCUGCAAGCGUUGCACGAGGCACUGUCAGGGCGGCUACCCAGCGUCCCCUUUGAGACUGUCCAAGCCUUGGAUGUGGUCAUGAGACAUUUGCCCUCUAUGAGGUAUACCCCGGUGGGCCGCUCUUUCUUCACUCCCUCAGAGGGAUGUUCGAACCCCCUUGGUGGUGGCAGAGAGGUGUGGUUUGGCUUUCACCAGUCUGUCAGGCCUUCCCUUUGGAAAAUGAUGCUCAACAUUGACGUUUCCGCCACUGCAUUCUACAAAGCCCAGCCUGUAAUUGAGUUCAUGUGUGAGGUCUUAGACUUCAAAAGCAUUGAAGAACAACAGAAGCCCUUAACAGACUCUCAACGAGUGAAAUUUACAAAGGAAAUCAAAGGCCUGAAGGUGGAGAUUACUCACUGUGGCCAGAUGAAGAGGAAGUACAGAGUGUGCAACGUGACCAGAAGACCAGCCAGCCACCAAACGUUCCCCCUGCAGCAGGAGAACGGCCAAACUAUUGAAUGCACAGUAGCACAGUACUUCAAAGACAAGUACAAGCUUAUUCUGAGAUACCCUCACCUCCCGUGUCUACAGGUGGGACAGGAGCAGAAACACACCUACCUACCUCUAGAGGUGUGUAACAUAGUGGCAGGACAGCGCUGCAUCAAAAAGCUGACAGACAAUCAGACCUCCACUAUGAUUCGUGCCACAGCACGAUCAGCUCCAGACCGCCAGGACGAGAUUAGUAAAUUGAUGAGAAGUGCCAAUUUCAACACUGACCCUUAUGUUCGUGAAUUUGGAGUGAUGGUGAGGGAUGAGAUGACAGAAGUGAAUGGCCGUGUCCUUCAAGCACCUUCCAUUCUGUAUGGAGGCAGGAACAAAGCAAUAGCCACACCAAUCCAGGGAGUAUGGGACAUGAGGAACAAACAGUUCCACACUGGCAUUGAGAUCAAAGUGUGGGCCAUCGCCUGCUUUGCACCACAGAGGCAGUGCACUGAACUCCUGCUUAAAGCAUUCACAGAUCAGCUGAGGAAGAUCUCUAGGGAUGCAGGCAUGCCCAUCCAGGGUCAGCCUUGCUUCUGUAAGUACGCCCAGGGAGCGGACAGCGUGGAGCCCAUGUUCAGGCACCUCAAGUACACCUACCAAGGCCUCCAGUUGGUGGUUGUCAUCCUACCGGGGAAGACGCCCGUUUAUGCUGAGGUAAAACGUGUUGGGGACACGGUACUUGGCAUGGCCACACAGUGUGUGCAGGUGAAGAAUGUUCAAAAGACAACACCUCAGACCCUCUCUAACCUCUGUCUGAAGAUCAACGUCAAGCUGGGUGGCGUCAAUAACAUCCUCCUCCCACAGGGCAGGCCAUUAGUUUUCCAGCAGCCAGUGAUCUUCCUUGGUGCAGAUGUGACUCAUCCGCCUGCUGGAGAUGGAAAAAAGCCUUCCAUUGCUGCUGUCGUUGGUAGUAUGGAUGCCCAUCCCAGCAGAUACUGUGCCACAGUGCGGGUGCAGCAGCACCGUCAGGACAUCAUCCAGGACUUGGCCACCAUGGUGAGGGAGCUGCUUAUCCAGUUCUACAAGUCCACCCGCUUUAAGCCCACCAGAAUCAUCUACUACCGCGAUGGCAUCUCUGAGGGUCAAUUCAACCAGAUGCAGGUCCUUCAGCAUGAACUGCUGGCGAUCCGCGAGGCCUGCAUAAAACUAGAGAAGGACUACCAGCCUGGUAUCACUUUUGUGGUUGUGCAGAAGAGACACCACACGAGACUCUUCUGUAUGGACAGAAACGAGAGGGUUGGGAAGAGUGGCAACAUUCCGGCAGGCACCACAGUGGACACCAAAAUCACUCACCCAUCAGAAUUUGACUUCUACCUUUGCAGUCACGCUGGCAUUCAGGGUACCAGCAGGCCGUCUCAUUACCAUGUGCUCUGGGACGACAACCACUUCUCUUCAGAUGAACUGCAAGUCCUAACGUACCAGCUAUGCCACACCUAUGUACGCUGCACCCGAUCAGUUUCCAUCCCAGCACCAGCUUACUAUGCCCAUUUGGUGGCAUUCCGGGCUCGCUAUCAUUUGGUGGACAAAGAGCACGACAGUGCCGAGGGCAGUCAUACAUCAGGCCAGAGUAAUGGGCGUGACCAACAGGCUUUGGCCAAAGCUGUUCAGAUCCACCAGGACACCCUGCGCACCAUGUACUUUGCCUGAGAGCACACAACCCCAGGUUGCCACGGGUGAGGGACCCCACUGACGGAACACACUACCCCUUGCUGUCUUACUGUCAGCUGUGGAUAUCAUCACAGUGGUUUGACAUAGUGAUCUCCUUACCUAACAUACCUGUCCAGUUACCCAUAUGUCGACAAUUGUACUUCAGCCCUUGACCCACCCAAAUCAAGCCAGCUAUUAGACUGUAAGCAGCAAAGGCAUCCCUCUUUCUUGGGGUUUGAGCUGGAAGAGGUUUUAUUUACAUCUCGUGCAUAAGUGUGUGUUUGUAUUUGUUGUAGGGAAAUAUGUUUCAAAGUAUGAAAGGAAAAGGAAAGGUUUGUACAUAGCAUUUUUAGAAAGAAAUUUACACUUUCUAAACUAGUGGGCAGUAUCAUACAUUGAGGUGAUUUAUAAUUUAGAAGAAGCCGUUUACCCUCUUGUUUUUUAUUGUAUGUUAGGGUCUUGGUGCUUGAAGGGAGAAGGAUCAAAUUAAUCAAAAUAUAAGGGGGCCUGUUCACUGUUUAUAUGCCUAAAGAUUUGCUCUUCUGACACAUUAUUUAUCAGCCAAUCAAAGCAAAGUGCACUGACCAAACUGGGUACUUCAAUCAGGACAAAAGUACCUAAUAUUUUGAGGGUAGUGUGAUUCACAUAGGGCACUAUGUGAUGAAAAGUGCCAUUUGAGACCACCUUUGUGUUGUCAUUUCUGUGCAAAACUAUGAAUUAUUAGGCCCACAUUUGCUGGGUGUUCAGUAUUUGUCCUUGAUUGACACUGAUGUCCAUUUUAUGCCAAAUCUGGUGACAAAUUACCAAAGGAUUCUUUGCAUCAGAUUUGUUAUCAACCCUUGAACCAACACUUAGUUUAUUCUGGAUGAGGGUUCGAAACAGAGAGAUUGAAACAACAGCAGCUGUAUCCCUCUUUGCCUCUCGUGUUAGCCUGAACUGAAAUAGUUUCACCAGUUACCCUAUUCCCAUGCUAAGACAUGGUGCAUUGGGACCGGUUCCCAACACCUUUCUGAUGUAGUCUGAGCCUGUUGAUAAAACAUUAACAUAGAGUGUAACUUUACUUUUUUUUUUUUUGUCCCUUUGGUUUUUAGUCUAAUUUCAUUUGAUUCAGUUUUGUUAUGAAUAUGCAUGUAGCUGACUCAUGUUUAGACACUUAGGCAUUUGUGAUAAUUGUUUAUUUCUUCCUUUUUAAUAUUAAGUCUACUUUUAUGUUUUAAUGUAAACAGCAGGAUAGUGUUUUCUGCGGUGUCUUUGUCAUAGCGGGAUAUUUGUGUGGCGUCCCGAUAUCCAGCCAUUCGGUACAGUGGAGUGAAAGCUGCAACAUUUUAGAGUUUUACUGAUUGAAAUUCCCUAAAAAAAAAACAUAUAUACAUAUAUAUAGUGUUUGCUCUAUGAAUUAGGAGCAGUCGUUGCACAAACGCUUGAGUUUUAUGCAAAUUACUUUUUGUGAGUCUUUAUACUAUAUAAUAAUGUUGGUAAUAAGGUAUAUUUUGAAUAAGCUUUCAGUGGAGGCUGCUGAAAAUAUUAGCAAUUUUUUUAACAACCGGCCCACAUGUAGUCUAAAUUAACACUGUCUAUUUGUAUACAGAUUUUAAAUGCAAUUAUUCUCUUGCCUUGUAAGACUUACGGUCUUACUUCAAAUAAUUCUAGAAAUUUCCUAACGUCCCACCUAAGUUGUACUACUAAGUUAAGCUGGCGAAUGUUCUUAUAUUCUUGAUUGGAGGCGAGUAGUCUAUAUUUUCUAACUAUGCAUCAUUUUUAACCAAGAGAUUUAGUAGUGGGACAUCUCACAUAAAUUUGGUCAUUUAUAGAGGUAGAUAGUCAGGGCUUUUUUUUUUUUUAGCAUGUUGCUUUUAGUAGCGUUUUUUUACUGCUUAUCAGCGUCUUCAUGCCUUUCUAAAGGGAUGAAGCAUUUGUGGUCAUUUGUAACAUUGUAGAUUUUAUAGCCUGAAAAUUCAAUGUAUCCUUUGUAACACAAUCUUUCUUAGCCAAACAAGAUUACUGACUUUUACAUGAUUAGUAUUCUAAAGACAUGGAAGCACAAAAGGACAUCCUGAUUCUAGGUGCUAGAAGUUUUCACUGUAAACCACCUUAAAUCCUCACUGGACUGGUCAAUGAGGCUUUUUAACUUGUAUGCUUAAAAAAAGAAAGAAAAAAAAGACGCUUCAUCAUUUUGAUGAUCUUUUCUC